UUUCACACUCAAACCUCGUUCUUUAAUCAUGGAUUUUCUUUCCAUGCUUAUUAAUUCACCUUACUCAACACUAUCCAACACUUUUUGAAAAACCAACCAAAACCAUGACAUUGUAACACUAACCCAUAGUCUUGAAAUUUCAUCAACAAUGUUGAAAACAAUAUGCAUUUUCCUAAUUAUCUUUGUUUUGAGUUCAUUUUCAACACUUGGAACAGCAAUGCUGAACUUAACAAUUCCUGGAACACACCCUGAUCCUGAAGCUGUUGCUCAUGAAGUUCAUAGGAAGGUGAAUGCUUCAAUGGCGAGAAGGGAAAUGCUAUCUUCUGGAUCAGCAUGCAUGACAGGAAACCCGAUUGACGAUUGUUGGAAAUGCGACCCAGAAUGGCCAAACAAUCGACAAAGAUUAGCAGAUUGUGCAAUAGGGUUUGGUCAGUAUGCUAAAGGAGGAAAAGGUGGCGAAUAUUAUGUUGUAACAGAUUCCUCAGAUGAUGAUCCUGUUACUCCAAAACCUGGUACAUUAAGAUAUGCUGUGAUAAAAAAUGAACCAUUGUGGAUAGUGUUUCCUAGUAACAUGUUGAUUAAGCUAAAGCAAGAAUUGAUUUUUAAUAGUUAUAAGACUAUUGAUGGACGUGGUGCUGAUGUUCAUAUUGUUGGAGGAGGGUGCAUUACUUUGCAGUUUAUAAGUAAUGUUAUUAUACAUAACAUUCAUAUUCAUCAUUGUCAUCCCUCAGGAAACACAAACGUGAGAUCAAGUCCAGAACACUACGGCUACAGAACAAUGUCGGACGGAGACGGAAUAUCCAUCUUCGGUUCAAAAGACAUAUGGAUCGACCACUGCACACUCUCACAUUGCAAAGACGGACUAAUAGACGCAGUAAUGGGAUCCACGGGAAUAACAAUAUCCAACAACUUCAUGUCACACCACAACGAAGUCAUGCUCCUAGGACACAGCGACGACUACCUCCCUGACUCAGGAAUGCAAGUCACAAUAGCAUUCAACCAUUUCGGUCAGGAGCUCGUUCAGAGGAUGCCGCGUUGCAGAAGAGGAUACAUCCACGUGGUCAACAAUGAUUAUACGCAGUGGGAGAUGUAUGCCAUCGGUGGGAGUGGAGAACCAACUAUUAAUAGUCAAGGAAAUCGUUAUGCUGCGCCUGUUAAUCUUUUUGCUAAAGAGGUUACUAAGAGGGUUGAAACAGAACAAAAUAAAUGGAAAGGGUGGAAUUGGAGGUCUGAAGGUGAUGUUAUGAUUAAUGGUGCAUUUUUUGUUACUUCUGGUGAAAGUCUAGAGGUUAAGUAUGAGAAGGCUUUUAGUGUUGAACCUCAAUCUGCUGAUCGGAUUGUUCUUCUUACCAUGAACUCUGGUGUUCUUGGCAAUGCAAGGGACAAUAACCUGGGGAUGUGGAGCAGAGGACCAAGUAGCAACGAUGAUGGCAUUUUGGAUUCUGGACCGGAUUACACAGACGAAAUGUCGGCCAGUGGGCGAGUGUUGCCGUGUUCUUUUACUAUGCUGAUGGGCGUCUUGUUGUCUUUUCGGGUGAUACUGUUAACAUUUAUUCAAUGACGAUUCAGGAAUGUUGUUGCCAAUGUAAUGGGACACUCUUUCUGUAUUUGUAUUCUCUUAAAUGGAAUUGGAAUGAAAAGGGUCUGCUCCUCUUAGAAACUACUAUCAUUUAAACUGUA